UCCAACCAACAUGGAUGUGGAGAAAGUCUUCCGUAUGACUGGAGGUGAUGGUGUCACAAGUUAUGCCAAAAAUUCCUCAUUUCAGAAGAAAGCGUCUGAUAUGGUGAAGCACAUAACCACAGAAACCAUACAAGAACUUUUUGUCACAACUACUCCAAACAGCAUAGGCAUAGCUGAUUUGGGUUGCUCUUCUGGACCCAAUACCUUAACCAUCAUCAAAGAUAUUGUUAAAGCUGUUGAAAGGACUAGCAGUACAUUAAUGCUGCAUCAACCACCAGAGUUCCGCGUGUACCUUAAUGAUCUUCCAACAAAUGACUUCAACUCAAUCUUCAAGACCUUGCCAGAAUUCUACAGGGAGCUUAGAAAAGAAAAAAGUGGUGUGUGUCCCUCUAUUUUCAUUGGAGGUUAUGCUGGCUCUUUUUAUGGAAGACUUUUUCCCAACAAUUGCUUGCACUUUGUCUAUUCAUCCUACAGUUUGCACUGGCUCUCAAGGGUUCCUCCAGCACUUUACGAUGAGCAAGGCAGGUCAAUAAACAAAGGCCACGUUUACAUUUCUGAAUCCAGCCCUCCACAGGUUUCCCAGGCAUACUAUAAGCAAUUCCAGGAGGACUUCAUGUUGUUUCUUGGGUCACGGUCUGAGGAGCUAAUUGUUGGAGGACGAAUGGUGCUUAUUUUGCUUGGUAGGAGAGGUCCUGACCAUGUUGACAGAGGCAACUCUUUCUUUUGGGAACUUCUCUCACGGUCCUUUGCCAAUUUGAUCUCCAAGGGAGAACUUGAGGUAGAGAAGCUUGAUACCUAUGAUGUGCAUUUCUAUGCACCAUCAAAAAUUGAAAUAGAAGAUGAAGUGAGAAAGGAAGGUUCUUUUGAGUUGGACCGGCUGGAAAUGUUUGAAAUAGAGAGGGAUGAAAAAGAUGAAGAGAGCUAUGGUGCUGCUGUUGCAAGGACAGUUAGGGCCAUCCAAGAAUCUAUGAUUUCCGACCAUUUUGGACCGAGUAUUUUAGACAAUUUGUUUGAAAUCUAUGGAAGAAUGGUGGAUGAAGAAAUGGCUAAAGAAGAAAUUAAGCCCCUCACUUUUGUUAUUGUUCUAAGAAAAGUAUGAAACUAUGAAUCGAAGGAGGAAGGCAUAAUAAUAUAUCAAUGGGAUGGGAUGAACUUGUGUUAAUAUUACUGCAUGUGUUUCGCAGUCAUCACUUUGAUUUGAAUGACAGAAUCAUUUGGGAGGUAGAGUUUUAGACUUUUAGUAGUAAAGCUUUUGUGAUGUAGAAUUUAAGUGAAAUGUUGUUUAGUAUUUUAAAUGUUUGGUAUAUAACAAUGAAUAAUAUUUUGAA